AUGAAAAGAACGCCGGUGGCAGUAAACAAUUUCAAAAGCAUUACGAUCAAAGGCACUGGUCGUGUGCAUCUGGGAAACAGAAUUAUCCUAGAAGAUGAAGAAGAAUCAAAAACGAAAGGAGUCCUUGCUGCUGCGGACUGGCUUCCAUCCGCCAACCACUACCAACGUCGGAUUGAUUUACUGGCCAAGCGCCAUGGCAGAACCGGAGAGUGGUUUCUACACACGCCUGAGUUCCACAAGUGGGUGAAUGAUGAGGGUCAAACCCUUUGGUGUCAUGGAAUUGCUGGAAGCGGAAAGUCUGUCAUCGCGUCGCUGAUCGCUGAUCGUCUCAUUCAGUACAAGCAAGACUCUGCCACUUACGUUGCGUUCAUUUUCGCGGGCACCGAUACCGACCACCGAAACACCGCCGAAGAUGUUUUAACAAGCCUCCUAAAACAGUUCUUGAUCGAAACCGAGCUCUCUACGUACUGCUCUCAUCUGGAGAAUAUGUACACGGCGCAUCGUCUAAGGAAAACUCGACCCAGCUGGGAGGAAUAUCUAGAUGUUUUUCGACUUUCCAUGGACAAAGCCUCCAAAGUGUUUAUUGUAAUCGAUGGCUUGGAUCAACUGGGGAUUGAUAAUGAAUCCAUGACGCGGCUUCUCAACACCUUGGAAGGCUGGCCUCAUUUGAAUUUACUGAUCACCGCUCGCUCAAAAACGCCGUUCACGGACUCAAAACGACCGAGAGCUUACGUCAAUAUAUCAGCUAGCUCUCAAGACAUGAAAAGCUACCUUGAAUAUCGGACUACAAUGGUCCCUGGCUUUCAGAACCUUCUUGCUCGUGAUGCCUCACUUCAAUCCGCUCUUGUGGAUAUCAUUGUUGAAAAGUCUUGUGGAAUGUUUCUCAUGGCAAAGCUACAUUUUGACCUCAUUGCAACCAAGCAUUGCGCGCGAGAUAUUCAAGCAGCGCUUCACGCUUACCCAGAAUUCAUCAACUAUAUUUAUCGAAAAUCGUGGCAUAAAAUUCAUGAGCAGGAUCAAGAUACCAUCGUUCUUGCAACUCGCGUCUUAGAUAUGGUAUGCUACACGUCUAAGCCACUGACCAUGGCAGAACUGCAGCAUGCCCUCAGUUGGCGUGGAGUAGAUGGGGAUUGUCAUGACGAUAUGAUGAAUGAAAACUUCUUGAUAUCAGUCUGCCAUGGAUUGAUAUUCCUCGCUCCUGAUGGAACAGUCCGACUUAUUCAUCCAACUGCUCGCCAUUUCUACCAUGCGCUACGCGUCUAUAAUGCCAGAGCCGCCGGAUUGCGGCUCCGAUUGUUUUUACUUUGGUGGUUGAACUGCGUUAUAACAGCAGCCAACUUUGACUACUUCGGAUAUUGUCCUUCUCUGGAUAUCCUGAAGAACUACGUGGCAGUUUCUGCUACGACCCCGUUGUUGAGACGCAAAGGCCGAUUAAGUAGGGCUUGGAUCGAUUCAGGUCCGACUGGCUUGAAACACGCAUUAGCACCUUUAUUCUGUAUCUUAGUUAUUUUGUACCUUGUCCUUUAA